UAUGGCGUCACGGUUAAUGUUUACCGACGGUGGUUUAUCAUGGAGGAAUAUGCCCGUGAACCUUGUCCAUGGAGAAUAGUAGAUGACUGCGGAGGUGCCUUCACAAUGGGAGCCAUCGGUGGUGGGAUUUUUCAGACCGUCAAAGGCUUCCGAAAUGCACCCAUGGGCGCACGACACCGGCUGAAAGGCAGCGUGAAUGCUGUGCGCAUCCGAGCUCCACAGAUCGGAGGUAGUUUUGCAGUGUGGGGAGGUCUCUUCUCCACUAUAGACUGCGGCCUGGUGCGGCUCAGGGGGAAGGAGGACCCGUGGAACUCCAUCACCAGCGGCGCCAUGACGGGAGCAAUACUGGCCGCACGCAGUGGGCCCUUGGCUAUGGUGGGUUCUGCCAUGAUGGGAGGGGUUCUGCUGGCCCUGAUCGAGGGCGUCGGCAUUUUACUCACCAGAUACACAGCACAGCAAUUUCAGAACCCGAGUCCAUUUCUGGAGGAUCCUAGUCAGCUUCCUCUGAAAGACGGAGGCCAGGGACAGGAGAGGCAUGGCUACGGACAGUUUCAGUAGAGCUGCUAUUUUGCCAUUUUGACUCUGACAGUACAGAAUGGUGAAGGAAAGAAAGCUUUAUGCAUUGAUGUGUCUAUUAGAGCUUGGACAGAUUUGUUUUCCUGCCUAGAGUCUUUAUAUACAGUAACCACCACUCAGGGUCAUUUUUGACAUCUACACUACAGUAUUUGUAAAAUGAACAGGGAAGUUCCAUCAUCCUCAUCUUCAUCAUCCUCAUCUUCAUCAUCAUUGUCAUCAUCAUCUUCAUCUUCAUCAUCAUCAUUACCAUUAUUAUUAUUAUUAUUAUUAUUAUUUUGCACAAUCAGAUAUUUGAAAUCGUUUUAAAAUUCAUUGUGUAGUUAUGAGAACCAGAAUUCUGUCCGAGUUGCCAGCUUUUCUUUUCUUUUUCUUUUUUUACUAUUUAAUGUACAUCCACAGCAACCUCCAGUACUUUCUUAAAAAUGAAACCCCUCAAAAUUGUGGUUUAGUUAGCACUUUGAAAACAUAUGAAUUGUUUGAAGUAAAACAAACUGGAAUUGGUUUUGUCAGACAUCUAUAGUUGCAAACGGAUUAUUCUUGCUUGUUUGUUUUAUUAGAAAAGGUCAAUUUAUUAUUUAUUUAUGGAUUCCAACGAGGACGGAAAUGUGAAUGUAGUUAUUUUAAGAAACUGUUUUGUUGUUGAUUGGACUUGUCUUCUCUUUUAGAGCCAAAAUUGUACAUGGAUAUAAAUAUAUUAGUAAUAAUUUAAAUUAAAGUAUAAAGAAAAGAGA